AUGUAUACCGAUUCGGAAGGUCCCCGCGGCCGGACUGGGCGGCCUGAAACCCCAUCAUCCUCUGCGGCUUCGUCCUCUCGUCGCAGCACACUCAACCGCGUGCACUUCGAGGAGCCCGAGAUGUGCAUCCCACUGGCGUCUCCUCGUUCUGACGAUACGGUCACUGCACUCCGGGUGCCUGUAGCUUCCAGUUCGACCAACCCUAAGGUUGGUCUGCCUUCGACUGUCGCGGGGAGUUCGGAGACGGAGUUGCCUCCUUCCUCAGUUGACAAACACAACUCGUUCGCCCGCCAGGGCAAAUCUGCUGGUGCCUCCCACCUUUCUUCCUCUUCCCACCCUUCUCACCCUUCCUCCCACACCCUCCGUUCUUCUUCCAUCCCUCCCGUUCCUCCUUUCCCUGUUUCGAUCCUGAAGAAUCGAAACGCCAUCAAACCUCGCUCCUUGUCUGCUCCGCCAUCCCCACCCAAGAUGGCUGAUGGUUCUGGUGCCCCGGAGGGCAACAACAAGCCACUCCCCCCGUCCCCCACCAAGUCUGCCCCUCACACCCCGAGCCCUCAUACACCAAGCAAAGAGGGCAUGCGCCAUCCCGUCCUCGGCACACCUCUCAUGAGUCCUACUGGUGUUAGCCCUACUCUGAGUCAGCAUUCAAGCUUGACUCUGACUCUCAAGGACCUUCCUGAGGCUGUGCGAGCACUUCAGUUCCAGCACGACGCAACCCAAAAGCGGCUGGCAAAGAAGAUCGGUGACAUCAACCGACUCGAACAGAAGGUCGAUGACUUCCUCGGCUUCACUGAGAACUACAUCGGUGACCAGACGAAUGCGCAACUUAAGCGCAGCUCCGAGUUGGCUUUCGACUUUGCCCAAGUGCAGCGUGACGCCCGGGAAGCCAAGGGGCAGGUUGAUCAGAUCAAGGAGGCCAUCCACGAGAUGCGCCUUGAGAUCAACGGACUGACCUCGUCUCUCUGUGACCUGAGCGCCAAGGUCGACAUGUGUCUCACCGGGAUUUGGGACAACACCGAAGAGCCCUUCGUGGCCUUCCAGCGUCGACGGAACGACGAAAUAGACGCUGAUGUCAAUGAAAUUGGUGACAACACCGUCAAGCUGAAGGCGGAAUCCAUGUUCUUGAGACGGGCGAUCAUUUGCACUAUGACUGCAGUCAGAGUCAUGCAAUAUGAAAACAACCUUUACGCUUCUCGCGAUGUAGAAGUUGUUCUUCCACCCUUCCCUUUGGGUGAACGCGACGACAACGAGCCCGGUCUUGACGGCAACCCUGAACCUUGGGAAGAAGCACAGGUCGGUCCCGCCAUCUUCAGACCAGCUAAGGCUACUCCCUCGCUACCUCGCCCUGUGCCAGGUUUGCGCACUCCCUCCGCUACCACUGUGCCCGCAAAUGCGACUCCUUCGGGAUCCAGCACCGUGACUGGAAAGCGCACUCCCUCUACCACUGUGCCCGCAAAUGCGACUCCUUCGGGAUCCAGCACCGUGACUGGAAAGCGUACUCCAUCAGCAACCACUGUGUCCGCAAAUGCGACUCCUUCAGGAUCCAACACUGUGACAGGAAAGCGCACUCCCUCCACUACUGUGCCUGCGAAGGCCACUCCUCCGGCGCCUACCACCGUCCCGGCAAAGACUACCCCACCAGCAUCGGCCACCGGGUCUACCACAAUCACUCCUCCAGGUUCUGCCACUGUUAAACAGAGCUCGAUCCCUCGCCGAUCCAAGAAGAAGAAGAAGACUCUUUCGAAGAAGUCCUCUAGCUCUCAGCAGAAUGACAAGGAGAACACCAGCAACAACACUGGUAAUGCGGACAACACUGAAUCCGCAGAGCUCAAGGCCAAUAAAGAUGCCAAUGACAAGGAAUGUGCAUCUGAGAAGAAGGGGAAGAGUCUGUUUGGAUUCCGACGCCGCAGCGACAGCGUCUCAUCCGCAACCAGCGGGAGACUUGCCGCACGUCGGGAUGACUCCAUCCCCCCCGUCCCUGAACUUCCUCGUGGGAUUGUUCUUCCUGGUCCUCCUGGGGAGCCCAUCCCCCUCGCAAACAUUCACCCCCUCUACCGGCCACAGUUCCAGGAGGUGAAUGCCGAGGGAAUCCCGGCGGCCCCCGUCAUCCCGACCGCCUCGAGUGCCGCCCGUGCUACUCCCCGCCCUGAGAAGGCCAAGGGACCUGAAUCCCCUUCGGCUGGCAAGGACAAGACUCGCAAGUAA